AUGUCUUCGGAAUUGUUCCAGAUGAGCAUUGAACGGUUUCUGGUGUUCGGCUCGGUUAUUGCCUGGUGUGUGCUGAGCUAUUGUACUGCGUUUUGGGUAGAAUCCGUCGAUGGGUACCUCGUUGGAAAUCGACGUCGCGUCAUCGCAAUGUGGAGAAUUCAGUGCAUCCUAACCGUGCUGAACGUCUUCGCCUACGGUCAGCUGAUGCGAUGGUUCGACGAUGACGCGGCCAGGGAGAAGGUUCAGGAUCGUCGACAAAUGCAGUUCUUCCGAAAACGAUGCUCAGAUUUCCUACUGGUAUUCCUAUUCCUCGGCCAAGCCGUCUAUUUCAUGUACUACGCUCCUGGAUUUUUGCAAUGGCUCCUGUUUGAUCUCACAUCGAUAUGCGCCGGUAUUUGGACCAAUAUGAUUGCGUUCGUCUGUGGAUUUGGCCUAGUAAACCUGUUUGCCGGAAAAAUGAAGCUUUUCCCGUAUACCGCCCGGAUUUUGGAUUUGAUCGGAAAAGUACCAUAUUUGCAUGAUCUCAUGUGGAAGCGACGAUCUCAGAUCAAAUUCACUCUAAUCAUCACUCUGAUCCUCUCCGUCUCAAUGUAUCUCUCCAGGGACUGGAUUGUUGUCAAGCACAAGACGAUCAAAAUCAAAAAUUUCACCGCAGACGGAAAUCGCCUGAAAUUGGCUGUAAUUUCGGAUCUACACGCUGGCGCAUCGGUCUAUUCUGAGCAAAUUCAUCAUGUCGUCGAGAAGGUUCUCGAAAAUCCGGUCGACGCGAUUUUGAUUGUUGGAGAUAUGGUUGACGCGCCCGUUGAGGAGAUUGCCGACCGAGUUACGCCGAUUUUACAACUGCCAGUACACGCGCCUACCUAUUUCGUCACUGGAAACCACGAAUAUUACUAUGGAGACGUUCACGAGUGGCUGAGAUUCUAUGAGCACGGACAUAUUACGGUGCUGGAGAAUGAAUCCGCAAUGGUCAAAGGAAUCUGUCUGGCCGGUGUCAACGACAUUUCCAGUCCGAAAUCUGGAAUUCUGAAUCACGAUAUGGACCUUCCGAAGGCGACGCAACGUUGUCCGAAGAAUACGUCGCAGAUUUUGAUGGCACAUAAUCCGGCGUCGAUUAGAGAGUUUCUCGUGGAUCAUCCACAAGAGCUCUCAAAAGUGGACUUAAUCCUAUCGGGACACACGCACGCCGGCCAAUUUUAUGUCGUCCUCCCCGUGGUUUGGUUCUCGCUACCGUAUCUCUGGGGACUGUACGAAAUUCCAUUCGGCGGACAGCUAAUGGUCACCGCCGGCUCAUUAUACCAGGGACCGCCCAUGAAAAUGGUCGGAUUUUCAGAAGUCUGGAUUUUGGACCUGGUUGGG